AUGUCAAAACGAAAACAAUCAAACACUUAUUUGCCAACGCGUGCUCCAACAUUGAUUGACGAUUUAUGGACAAGUCAUAAUUUUUUAGAACCAAAUGAAUAUUCAUCAGCUACAAUUGGUAUAUACAGUUGUUUAGUACGCUCUUAUGAAAAUGAACAUUUUGGAAAAUUUUUUUGUCAGAGAGUUAACAAGGAUGCUCAAACAAAGGAUUUUAUAGCUCAGCUUGAUGAUGAUGAAAAAACUCUAACUAACAAAACUCAAGUAGAUAUUGAACGAUGUAUAAUGAUUGCUCGACUACGUGAAUAUUUAGAAAAGAAUAAUGAUGUAUUUCAAAAUAUUUUAAAUCAAAUUAAAAAACAUCUUCAUGAAGGUAUGUGUGAAAAUUCAUCAAUGCCUGUUCCACAAUCAGAAAAUGACUUUAUAUGUCAAUCUAAUCAAAUAAAUAAAAGUGCUCAUGUACUCGAUAAAAUCUAUCGUAUGAGACGUUUUCAAUACUAUAAUGAUGAUAAUAUUCGACAAUCAAUAAAUAUUAUUAAUCUACAAAAUUGGAUAAGAUCUCAUUUCCAAACAUUUAAUAAUAUUAAUCCACAAAUAUCUAUUGGUUCACAAAUAAACAAGUAUUUAGAAACUUUACUUAACAAUUCAUUUUUUAUUAUUCAACAUCCAACACCAUCAAUUGUAACUCAUAGUCCAUUAAAACGACAACUUGUUACUGCAAAAAUUUAUUGUCGACUUGUAUCUUUACUUGACAAAGAAAAUUCUGCAAUAACCAUUGAUGAUAUAACGCCUUAUGUUUGUCGUAUAACAACAUCAAAUCCUAUUGAAGAACCUCCAACAAUUUUUGAACAAUUACCAAUGACUUGGAAGCCUUAUGCAAUUGUUACAGCUUCACAAAAUCGAAAAAAUUUUUAUUUUGCCGAUUUAUCAGAAAUUAUUCUUCGACAAACACCGAUCGUAUCAGAAAAUCAAAAUCCAACAAAAGGAGGACAAACACAUUAUUCACCACAUGUCUAUUAUAUUCAAUUUCAAAUUAAUGUUACGGUACAAUUCACUAAUGGAUUAACACCUUAUCAACAUUGUGUUAUUGUAAAAUCAGCUCCAUUCGGACUUGUAACAAAUACAUCACAAACAGCAGAUCUUUUUGCUAAAGUAUUUAUACAAGAUUUUAAAAGUUGGAAAUCACUAUCAACACAAAUACAACCAAUAGUAGCAUCAUCAGAUAAUAGUACUUCUUUACCUUCAACAACAGAAUUAAAUAUGGAUGAUGUAGUAAAUAGUAUUCAAAGAUAUUUUAUACAUAAGACUGGUAUUUAUCCAAAAGAUUGGGUUAUGCCAUAUAUUGAUAAAAUAUUAAGAGCUACUUGUCAUAAUCAAAAUACUUUUGUAGAAACUAGUGCUCAUGAUCUUCUAGUUAAAAUUCUUGCUCAAAUUGAUUAUAUGGCUGAACAUCCAAUUUUAAGUCUAUUUCAUGAUGAUGGUUUAUUCUUAGGUAUAUGUGAUAGUGAUGAAGUAAAUCAAAUUUUACUUCAAGAACGUGAACAUUAUAAAACUUCAAUUUGUGCAAUUCGAUUUGGUGCAUUGAGUCGUUUAAUAAAUAUCAAAGAUAUUGGUAUACGUAUUGAUCUGUUGGAAGAUUCAUCUACUAAUGUGCAACAUUAUACAUUUGAUUCAACUAAAUUACCAUUUGCAUUGGGUGUAUUUAUAAUUAAAAUACUAUUAAAUGAAGCUACACAAUAUAGCACUAUCUUAACUAUUCUUAAUAGAAAUACUCAAAAUGUCGUAGCAAUUACUAGUAAACUCCUCGAACUUUAUGAUAGUGAAAAAUUACGAGAAUUUUGUCCACAUAAAGAACGAUAUCCUUCAAUAUGGCAUUGUGCUCACAGUCAAGAAAACAAUAAACAAAACGAUCCAGAUUCACCAGUAGCACCUGGUUAUUCACCAAAUCCCACGACCAUCACUACUACAAGUGCCAAUGGAGAUAAUCUCCCUGAUGAUUCGUUCUAUUGUGGUACAUCUACACCUGAACAAACAUCAUAUUCUGAAUACCAAUCAACUUCUUUUUUGACGCCAUAUUACCCUCAAUCUCAAAUGCCUUCUACUUCUGUGCAGUUACCCUAUGAAUCUUAUUCGAAUGUACCGCAAUAUGACGCAACUUCUCAAACUAAUCAAACAUCUACUUAUCAAUCUCCUAUAGUUAUUGUUGUAACAAAUCCUAUAAUGUCAGACCAAGAUAUUUUACAAUUGAUUUCGAAUAGAUUACCAGAAUAUGGUCAAUUAAUUCAAUCAUCUUUGAUUCAUCGUAUCAAUGUAGAUCAAACAUUUAAUGCACCAACACCAAUAUCGCAAACAAUAUCAUCCAAUUUACAGUCAUUGUCACCACGUCUUGAAGAUUUAAUAAGUGAUCCGAAUAAUUUUGAUUUCAAGGAAUAG